UACCUCGGCGGAAGGCGGAAGCGGGCGGUGCUGGGCGGCAGCAUGGAGGAGGUGGUGGCAGGGGAGAAAAGCAACCUGGCCGGGGUGCGGCACAUCCUGCUGGUGCUCUCUGGGAAGGGCGGCGUAGGGAAGAGCACCAUCUCCACCGAGCUGGCUCUGUCACUCCGGCACUCUGGAAAGAAGGUGGGGAUCCUGGACGUGGACCUGUGUGGCCCUAGCAUACCCCGCAUGUUCAGGGUGCAGGACAACGAUGUGCACCAGUGUGACAGUGGCUGGGUCCCUGUCUUUGUGGACCAAGACAAGAGCAUCUCACUCAUGUCCAUCGGCUUCCUGCUGGAGAAGCCAGAUGAUGCCGUGGUGUGGAGGGGACCCAAGAAAAACGCUUUGAUCAAACAAUUUAUUGCUGACGUGGCCUGGGGGGACCUGGACUUCCUCAUCGUGGACACACCGCCAGGCACGUCCGAUGAGCACAUCUCCACAGUGGAGGCCUUGCGGCCCUACAAGCCACUGGGCGCAGUCCUGGUCACAACACCCCAGGCUGUAUCUGUGGGAGAUGUGAGGCGAGAGCUGACGUUCUGUAAGAAAACGGGCUUACGAGUUCUUGGCAUUGUGGAGAACAUGAGCGGCUUUGUCUGCCCGCACUGCUCGGAGUGCACAAACAUCUUUUCCAAAGGGGGAGGUGAGGAGCUGGCCAAGCAUGCUGGGGUCCCCUUCCUAGGCUGUGUUCCCCUGGACCCCCAACUCAGCCAGAGCUUGGAAGAGGGCAGAGACUUCAUCCAAGAGUUUCCCAAGAGCUCUGCCUUCCCUGCCUUGGCUCACAUUGCCCAGCAGAUCUUGGAUGGUACCUUGCAGCAGAGCUACUGAGGAGGAUGUGGAGCUGGACUCUUGCUGGCUGAGCCCCUGGCCUGGCAGCACCACCAGCAGCCUGUGCCAGUGGGGAGGGGGGAUGCAGAAGCUGUUUAACUAUAAAACUGCCUCGGUAGGGGGUGAUGGAGGGAGGGGGGAGCACAGCAUCGACGCUGCUCAUGGCAGUCCAGAAAGGGAAAUCCUGCUCCAUCCCCCUGGAUCUGAAGAGACCCUGUGCGGGUGCUCCUGCCCGCACAGCAGCAGCUCGCUUCUUGCCUUCUCGACGUGGCAAUGCUCUGCCCAGAUGGCACAGUUGUCCCUAGCCCAAUCCAUGCAGCAUCUUCCGCUGCAGCCAGCUGUUGUGCGGGUGCUUGGGGAGCUCUAGCUUGUGUCCACGGUGUCUCAUAUGCUGCGGCGCUUCCAGCGAUCACCCAAUGCAGCUACAGUGGCAAAUGCUGCCAACUGUUCUUCCCUCGAUGAACCCGAAUGGCACCGAUUGUCUGGAUCGUGGCUCCAUGUGCUGCUGCCUUCUGCUGCUUUCCUCCUGUGACGGAUUAUGUGGUACUUGGUUCAGUGGCUGGUGAGUUUGUGCUGGAUGCUCUGAUGUGGACCCAAGCCAGGCCACCUUGCUCUGACAUCUCAGAUCACUGGUUCCUGAUGGGCCUGUGAGGGCACACGAUGUGCUUUCACAUGAGAAAAUGUCUUUAGUAGGAGAUCUACCACCCGUCUGAGGUCUACAUCCUGCUGUGCUGGAAAAAGGGCCUUUUUAGUCUGCUGGGGGUUGUCGUGACUCAGGAAUAUUUUUAAAGGUUCCAGGCAGUAAACACUUUCUUA